UUUACAGUCACGUGUAUCCCCAGUGGCUUUUUCUCGCCAACGUCGGACGUCCUUUUACUUUGACCGUCCACUUCAGCACGUCGUUCUUUUUGUCGCCAUAGAUCUUGUCCGCCUGAAGCGACUGUUGUUCUCACAUAGAGUCGAACUGAACUCCAUUUGUUUGGAAUCACUUUUAGUAGGCUGGAAAUUUACAAGGCAUUGUUGCCAUUCAUUCCUUCAACCCCUCCCACUGCUUGAUAUUGCAAGCUACCAGCACCAGCCAUGGCGCCCACACCAGUAACCAUUAUCACUGGGUUUCUAGGAAGUGGCAAGACGACACUGAUUUUGAACCUGAUUCCGCAAUUACCAAAGACAUACAAGCUCGCAUUGCUCAAAAACGAAUUCGGCGACGUAGCAGUCGACUCGCAACUCGCCGGCUCGGCAUCCGUGUCCGGAGUCCGAGAACUUCUCAACGGCUGCAUCUGCUGCAACCUAGUCGGCCAGUUAGAAGACGCACUAUUCCAACUACGAGACACAGUUUCACCCAGCCGGAUCAUAAUCGAGACAUCUGGGUCAGCGUUUCCCGCAACACUGGCCAUGGAAGUCAACCGCAUCGCCCGAGAGCAUCCUGGGACUUUUGCCCUCGACGGAGUCAUCAGCGUCAUCGACGUAGAGAACUGGCAGGGGUACGACGACACGAGCUAUACGGCCAAAAUGCAGGCCAAAUAUACUGACCUCAUUGUGUUUAAUAAAUGGGAAUUGGUGGACGAACGGAAAUUCGAAGAUGCCUUGGACCGAGUGGGCGAUUUGGACGUGCAGGUUGCGUGGGUCAAGAGUGAUAAGGGGUGGGUUGAUGUCGAUGUCAUUAUGGGCAUUGAUGGGUCUAUGGUGCGUGAACAGGGACUAAGGGAGGCGAUUGAGGAACAUGAACAUGUUGGACAUGGAGAUGGAGGUGGAAACGGAAAUGAGCAUGAUAAGCAUCACCAUCACCAUCAUCAAGAAGAAGUCGAAGUCCUCAGUGUCCUGGUUCAUAAUCAAGACGAGACUCAACCACCGCACGGCGUGGUGUUGGAGUCGUUUGAAGAUCUGCUUCUCUCAGCGCCAAAGGACGAGGUAUAUCGCAUCAAGGGACUGGUGUUGUCGUCGAAGCCGCCGCCUGAUUCGACGGGCGAAGCUAAACAGCCUGUUGCUGCGGCGGUCGAUGCGGUCGGUCAGAGUCUUUAUGUUUUGAACUGGGCGUUCGGGCGGUGGACUUAUACUCCGCUUCCGGGGACGGCUUUUCAGGCGAUGGAGAAUGCUAGUGCUAGACUUACUUUUAUACUUGCCAGAGGUGAGGCGAAUAAGUGGGCUAAACGGUUGCAAGGGGGCGACUACAUUGCUUUGGAAGGGGAGGAUGGGAAUGUGGAGAAACCGGUCUUGCAGAUUGGAAAGAUUGGUUGAGUGGUCCAAGGGCGAAGAGAAUAAAACCAAGCCGGCUGUGGACCACGGCUCUGGUGUCCGAAAGAAGCAUGAAGAUAAACGGAGCAGCUAUGGUGGUGUACAAUACGUCUGUACACACAAGACUGGGGGCCCAAUGAACCAUCUGUACAACUUACAGGAGACUGGGGGAGAGUGGUGGUCGGCGGUAUCAGUACAGCACUACAAGCGUGGCACAAGAGAGACAUCCCGAGCAUGACACCCACAGCACAGCAUGUUACAACAUGGCACAUCCACAGGGUUUUUCGGACGUUCCUGGCCUGGUGACAUCGCACAGCUACCUGCAAUCGAAGGAUCAUUACGCCAGCAGGGGAAAACUUAUCCUCGGAGCUUAUGCCGACAGUGUGUCCGUCCUCUCGACGACUUGACUCUUCGGCAGCUCUUCAGCUCACAUUGAAAACCAAGUACCCUACACAUGCGCCAACCAGCUCGAUGAGACAGGUCCAUCGACAACCUGAAAAUUGACGAAGUCAUCACUGUCAGAGAGAGUUUAUCCAUGCUUUUCCCAAAAACCGACGCAGACCCCAACGUGUCUCAGGGAGCGCAUGAGAGGGACGAGGCCAUACCAUAUAUCAAAUCAGACAGAACAAAUCCUACUCCUGCCAACAUUUCCACAACCUUAUCCUUCGCCACCAGAUAACACUGAUAUCCUACAACAACGCUCUAAUCUUCUGCCCUUUGCCUUCUCCAUCAUUAUUAUCCUCAUCAUCAUCAAGCCCCAGAAACCUAACCACCUGUCCCAAAUGAUCGAAUCCCCAAAACCCCUCGACAUCACCCCGCCCAUUGCGGCAUUUAAACCAAGGCAACCCAAAAGCCCCAUCGGCAAUCGCCUGGUCCGUAUUCUCACUCAACUGUUUCUUGACUUCAGGCGAGGAUAUGUGCUUCUCAAGGAUUUCAGCCACAACAUCCUGACCCAAGACUUUGGCUAGGAUAGGGCCGAAAAAUGCAGGAUCGAUAAGUUGAGACAUUGGUGGUUUUCCGCCCCGAGCCUCACUCGCAGUGUUCGUGUUCGUCUCCUUAUGCAUCGUAAUACCAGACCGCUCAUUAAACUGGCUCGUUGGGUUCCGUUUCGCGGUCGUCUGAGACUGGCCCUGGCCUUGUUGCUCUUGCUGAUCAAACACCAAACCGGACCGUUCGUUGAAUUUGUUACCGGUAUCACCGCCAGCCGAUUGGGGUUUCUGGCCCCCCUGUCGAAGCUUGUAUCCAUCAUCCGUCCAGAUGAUAGCAUACAACGUAUCCAGCGCCAAAGGAACCAGAUCCGGUCUAAUGAUUUGCAAAGCCGUCAGAAACCGCAUUGCCUGGAUGGUCGGUUUGGGAAACCCUUCUGGGGUGGCAGAGGAAAUGGGGAUGUCGAAUUGAUGGGCCCAGCGGAGUCGUUCGAUGUUGAUCCACUUGUCUUUGUUUUUGAUUUCGAGGGGAGCCCGGUUGUUGCAUGCUUUUAGGAGGCCGCCGAGGAAGAUGGGAAUGUAGGUGAUUUCGACGGAGCGGAAAAGAGGGUGGUUCUGUGGAUGGAUGGGAGGGUCGAUUAGUGAUCAUGGCAACACAAGAGUGGUGAGGUGCGCAGGGAGGAAAGGAAAGAGUCAAGGCGUUGUUGAUGAGAAUCAUGAGGGAAAGUGUGUUUCUGGAAUUCCAUUUGACAGACAAGAGAAAUGAUGAAGACAAACGAAGCCAUCGACUGAAUAAGGCGGUGAGGUCGCAGCGCAUCCAAUAAGUCUCAUGAUGAGACUGUCAGGAGCAGAGGCCGAGCUGAUCGACAUCCUGUGUGUGUUGCUCGCCGUUGCUCGCCGGUCCAGGCCAUUUUUGACAGUGUCCCCUCUCUGAAGGCAUGAGUUGUGUUUCAAUCGAGUCCCUUCCGGGUUUGUAGCCAUGCAAACCGUCUUCCAUCGAGGCUGAUACCCCUCUGCGAGACAAGAGAGGAUAUUGAACCACACAGAUGACCUCCUGUUCUGUUUGGGCCCGGGGAAAGAAAAACAGGUGGAUGUAAAUAGGGCCAGAAGGUAAUACAUCAGAUUAGAACGAAACUCAAACUCGGACUCACCCUAAGCAUAUAAUACGCCAAAUAGGCGAAUGGACUGACAACAUCG